AUGCUGCUGUUGGAGUAUCAUCCGCGGGGGCUGUUGGUCACAGGUGACACUUUCGAGGCAAAGGAGCACUUGAAGGCCUUGGAGGGCAAAUGGGAUGCCACGCUAAAAGCCUGGCGCUGGGACUUUGAUGAAAAGAGGUCCGUGCUCGCUGGCCUCAAGAAACUGCGUCUCGAGGUCCAAGAUCGAGCCAAGGCUCAUUUGGUAAUUCAACGGGGCAGCACUGGACUGCUGGUCACAGGGGAGACUUUCUACGUGAAGACGGGACUGCGAGAAGCUGGUGCUACGUGGGAGCCAAAACUGAAGGGAUGGGUCUUCGAUCAGCAUGAUGACUUGGCUUUGCAGAAGGCUCUGAAGAAAACCCUGGAGGCAGAGGUCACCGUGACCCCGACACCGACACCACGCGCAGAGCUCAUGGUGCUGCCGCAGGCGGACCUGGUCCCCACCCCUGCUGGUCGGCGCUUGGUCGGCAAGCAAACUGUGAAGGGUGCCAUUUGCAAGACUUCAAUGACGAGUCGCAAGAAGAACGUGUCCAAAGCCGACGGUUCCGGAGAAGUGAGUGAGACUCACACCAAGCGCCGCGAGGUGAAAUGCGCAAAGACCAAAAAAGCCUUGGAGACGAAUACCGUGACGAGAUCUCCCUUAUCACGGAGCUCAUGGAAGACGCUACAUUCGGUUGACCCCUGGCAGACUCGACGGCAAGAGACCAAGAACCAGGUGAUCGAAACCAGGUCGCUGCUCCCCGACAUGGACCUGCUGUCGCUACAGCUGAAGUCGAAGCCCAAAGUGACUCCGACACUGGCUCUGAAUCACAAGGCGCGUCGGCAACGAGCCAAAGCCAGGUCUCAAAUUCCAGCGAAGCCUUGUCCGCCAGCAAAAGUGCAGGCACGAACCUCGGUCAAGUCCAUUGAAAUAGGAGUCAGUGAGUUCUGCAUCAGACAGGCGGAGCUGGAUGGUAUCCUUCGCUUCAGCAGUUUGGGUUCGACACUUCAGCAGUUUCUGUUCGCACUGGGCCUUUGGGCAUCACAUGGUGCUUCCCAUGCCGUGGUCACUGCAACGGGUGCGAUGCCAUGGCCAUCGGUUCAUAUCGGUUCCUUAAGCCAGUUGCUAUUGAAGCGUGAGAGGAAGAACUCCAAUGCGUCUGCUUUGGAGGACUUGGGCAUUUGGACAUUCAAAACCCCGGAGCAUCUAGCCUUGCUGCAUCUCCGCUCUUGUCGGGUGAAGCUGAUCCAACGUUUCGGAGGCGUUGACAAAGCCUACAUCAGGUGUGUGCCGGCCCUGACGGGCAUGACACGCGAUGUCUUCCGACAGCUGGCGAACAUGAUGGGCUUCACUGAUGAAGACUCCUUCGAGAUGUAUGAUCUGAUGAAAAGCCAUCGACCUCCCAAAAAGAGGAGGGCCAGCGUGUCGGGAAGCAGUGCUCGCAGCAGCAAGGCAGCCGAGCAGGAGGAGCCCAUGGACCGAAACGAGUUUGGUGAGGCGAUGCGAAAGGCAAUGCCCGUGAAGGGCUUGAUCCAGUUGCGCAGGAGGCUGAGGAUGAAACACAGCAGUUGCGAGGCCGCAACCACCGCAGCCUUUGGCAAGCGACAGGCCUUGGAUCGAGAAGCCUUCCGGGAUUUCAUGAUCCAAAACGGCAUCUCUGGGCGUGAGGCUUAUCAGCAUUUCAUGAGGAUGACCAAACACAACGAAAGUGGAGGUCUGGCAGAGAUUCACACUGCACAUGUUUCAGGACAUGAAGAUGCUCCUCAGGAGGUGACGCGUUUCGCUUUCCUGAAGACUUUGUUGCAUGCUGAAGGACAUGGCAGGACUUGGAGUACAUGGGACUUCGGCGGAGAACGUAAGGCCUCGAAGUGGCGGAGCUCUUCAGAGCUGAGCUGGUGGAACUCUUGUUCGACCGCGGCGGCCGAGCGGGCUUGGCCAGCGACCAGCGUGGGCGACGUACCGCUUCCAUUCUGUCGCAAGAGCUGCUGGCUUCUCUUUCUGAAGGUGUCGAUAGAGCUUGGGAGGAUGCAGACAGCCCCCCGGUGGCGCGGCGUCGACGCCACUCCUCGAAGUCGCGCCACGCCGCGCCCGAGGGAGGCCGAAGCCACGCGCGGCAGAGCAUUCUGCUGGACUUCGCGGAUUCCGAGACGGGCCACCGAAGAUUUUCCGCUGCACCAGCUUCAUCUUCACAGCACCGUCGCUUCUCUGCAGCCCCCGAGAAGGCCGACGCUUCUCAUCGGCGCUUUUCAGCCGCUGCUCCUGGAUCCAAGGGCAAGCCUGAGAUGGCCAAGGCUACCACUGCGUUGAAACAGGACUUGUCCAGCAUGCUGACCGCUGAGGCUCAACAGGCUCAGAAGGUGCCGGAAGGUGCCAGUUCCAAGCACUUCAACGCCACGGCCCUGGCCUCCCACAACGCCACCGCCGACGCGGCUCAGCGCGCCCGGCGUGCGAGCUUCGGUGGCACAGCGGCGAUGCUCCACGCAGGGGCGCAGGGGGCGGCUGCCAUACGGAG